UAGGGCGGCGAUAACGCGCGUGUAUUGUGUCACACAGAACCAGAGUGCGGCGGCGGGCCUAUAAAAAUGAAGCAAUAACAAAUGUUAUUGACAAUAAUUUAUUUUGGUACACAGUGUUGAAUCGAUUAGUGAUAGCGUCGGGACUCAGUUAACAAAAUUAUAUAAGUGAGACUGGACAUUUUUUUUUUUAAUGUAACGCGAAUCGAACUAGCAGAAAAAAUCUAACGGCCCGCCUGGUAGAAAGUGGUCACUGUCACCUACAGACAUAAGCAGUAACGUGGUUAUGGCAAAAUACCAAGUGACACCAAUCGAUUACGUUCCCAUAGAACUGAGAUGGGUUGACUUCCGCGGACUGAAGUGUGCAUCAGCACUCCGUAAAGUUGCGAUGUAUGAAAGUAGUUGUUCCUACGCCGGCGCUCUUGAAUUGAAGCGAAGUGCCCUCAAGGAGGAACCGUGGCCUACGGCGGAAUGGCCCCCCUACCGGUUACACCAAUCCACCUUCGAGCAGCUCAAACAGAGUGUAGAAAAAGCAAAAGCAGCAUUACAAGACAGAUCGGGGCUUCUCGGGACAGCGACCGCCUUCGGUGACUUCUACGGUGGACAGUUGGGACAGGAUGGUACAGGGACGGCGUUGGGAUUUGGAAGGACGAGGACAGACGAGUCGAUGCUAGGAACUAUUGAUAAGAAUAAAACAUUAGGCUCAGAGAAAUUAUCAGGAGGUCUCGGCAAGGGUUACUCCACGCCGACUCUGUCGGACACACUGCGCGCUACAAAAUGUACAGAUGCAUCCUACAAAAGUUCUUGGUCUUCACACGCUACGUCACAAAGUUCACAAGGCUAUGGCACCAAUUCGUUAUCGGCCAUGUCGAAAUCGACACUCGAUGCGCACACGCAUCUCCGUCAACCAGAUCCAUAUCAAAUGUUUGGACCUACAAGCAGCCGUUUAGCAAAUUCAGGAUCAGGCCAGAUCCAGCUGUGGCAGUUUCUACUCGAGCUCCUGAGUGAUUCGAGUAACGCGGGCUGCAUCACUUGGGAGGGAACUAACGGAGAGUUCAAGCUGACUGACCCUGAUGAAGUGGCACGUCGGUGGGGAGAGAGGAAGUCCAAGCCAAACAUGAACUACGACAAGCUAAGCCGGGCUCUGAGAUAUUACUACGACAAAAACAUAAUGACGAAAGUACACGGGAAAAGAUAUGCGUACAAGUUCGAUUUCCAAGGGCUAGCAGCUGCGACGCAGCCGGCGGCCAGUGAUCCAGCAUACAAGUAUCAGAGCGAUCUGUUCAUGAGCUCGUACCAUCACUCCGCUAAAUUGUCGUCUUUCAUGGCCCCACACGCGGCGAUGCCCACGUCCACAGCUUCAAUAUUCCCAUCUGCUUCGUGGGGUAACUGGGGAGGAGGAGGCAGCAACCUAUACUCCCCCACUCGAUGGCGCCCCCCCACGUGACAUCACAUCUGGGCUCCUAUCCACACUACGCAUGACCGGCCAUUUGAACCGACGGCAUGCCCACGACGACUUUUAUUACCUAAAAACACCUAUUAACAAAUAAUUUCAUUGUUUAUAUUUAUUAUUAAAUGACAUUGUAAUUUUUAUUUUGCAUUUCAAAUUAUAUUUACUUUUAAUUUUAAAAAUAUUUAAUCUUUGUAAUCAUUAUAAAUCCGCCUCUAUUUAUGUCGUAAUUUAUCAUCUGUGAUCAUUUAAUGAGGUGACAUAAUAGUUUUAUUAAUACUUUUUUUUAAUACAAAUGUAUGAGUACAUCAUUCCGAAAGUCUUUCACGCAUUAUAAAUUUAUUUUACUUAUUUAUAAUCAAUCAGCUUGGACAUAUAAUUACAGAUGCGCAUAAAUUAUUUAAAUAUUUCAAACGUAAACACUUACUACGGCUGUAAAAUUAUUGCUGGCCAGUAAUAUCUUUGUUUUUUUUUUUUAACAUAAACAAUACAAAUAACAAUAACAAUACAAUCUUUGUAAUAUGUGUGAAAGACUUGUAUAGUUAUAAAACGUAAUUAUGUUUUAUUUGUGUUAAUAUUUAAUAAACUAGUUUGUUAUUGUUUAAUAGUGUUGCCAACAAUUAUAUAAUUUAAUUUGAUGAUAGAUACGAAAAAAAACGCGAUGUGAACUGCAAGACUAGUCUUUUAUCAAAGAAUGUUGUAAAUAAUAGAUACUCAUUAAAUAAGUAGAAUUAUUUAUUUAGGAUAUCAAAAUAAUGAAAUUUUAUUGGUCGUAUUAAUUAAAUGUAAAAUAUAAAGGAGACUUACAACUCGUGUGUUUGUAGUUUUUGCAAUAACUAUUCCAAUAUUUAGAAAAUAAUAUUCAUAUUUAGUUGGAGCCCAUUUUUUUAUUUCUCUUUUUUUAUUAGACACAAACAUAUUAUUAAACUGUUCAAGUAUUAAGAACUAUAAUUUUGUUGCCAUAUAAAAAAACAAAUAAAUUAGUUUCAUAAUUAAUAAUAAAAUCGAUGUUUUAAAAGUAAUAUCUGUAAGGCUUUUGUACAGUUUUCGAAUAUUAUCUACUAUAUUAUAGUGCUUUAAGUUGGAGUUACAAUUUUAACAUAAUUUUAUAGUCAUCUUAUUCUUAGUAUCCAUCUUCUACCAACAUUCAAAUUUCCUCUUGCAUAUUAAAUCAUAUAGCCAAAACUAUAAGUAUUUUAAUCCAUUAUAAGAGAAAGGAAAAUUUAUUUUUUUAAGCAAUUAAAAUAUUGAAAUAGUUGCUGCGAUGUCUAAGAUAAUCGUUCCUGAAUAAAAAAAAAAACACACGUUCGCCACCUGAAACUAAAUGAAUGGUGAUAUUGUACUCAGUAUUAAUAAUCUGUAAAAUAACUUUUAACUAAUAUAAGUUGUAGUUAAAUAAUUGCAGCAUUGUCAAAAAUGUAAAUCUCGAAAUUGAAGAAUAUAUUACGCUCAAGUAAGGAACAUGUGCCAUUUUUAACGGUUUCAAUUCGUACUAGCAACCUGAUCCAGUUUCGCACGGUUUUUCAAAAUAAAAUACAAUCAAUGGUAAUAUAUCUUUCUAUAGAUAAAAAAAAAUGUUUUAAAAUUUGUUAAGUAUUUUCGUGAUCAUCCAUUGCAAACAAUCAAACAAAAAUCAAAUCUUUCCUCUUUAUAAUAUUAGUUUAGAUUGUAUAAUUUAUCGUUCGCUUAAAAUUUUAUACAGUUUGAUGGUUAUACCUAUGUUCAACAGUGGACUGAUAAUGGCUAAUGAUGAUACCAGAAUGAGUGGUAAUAAUAAUAACAUGACUUCAUCCUGAAAGGGCUAGUCAAAGGUGUUUAUGAAUCGUAUAAGUCGUAUAAUCGUACAUUUCAUGUUUUAGAAAUCGAUAUGCAAUUUACAAAAACUCAUAGGUGUUACAUUUUGUAUGUGUAUACUCAGUCCAUACAUUCCAUGACUCGUUACUUUUACAGCAUAUGGCAAUGGCAGGAAAUAAAUGACACAGGGUGUAGGCAAAACUAUCAGCAUCCAUUUAUAACAGGAAUGUUCUAGCAGUCCAAAAGAUUAAAAAACUUAGUGUUUCACAUUUUUUCAACUGGACAAUUGACGUAUCUGAUAUUAUUUUCCUGUAUCGUGAGUGGGAGGGGGGGCUUAAAAAGGUGCAUUAUGUACUCUCAAACAUGUCUUUGCGCAUAGUUCAAAGUACCGCUCGUAUUUUGAAUUGACAUCAAAUCUCUGAUUGGAUAUCUGGGAUUGACACCGGACAAGUCUGAAGUGCUCACCUCAGAUUUGUCUGGUGUCCACCCGGCCCCACUAAAAUACGUCUAUUAGCUGAAUUUGCCAUGUUAAUAUGUCGGGCUCAACAUUUUAAAUGUUUUGAUCCGUGCUUCUCUCUGAAAAUGUCCAUUUCACUGCUAGCAUACUUCUAAGGAUUCCAACAAUUUCUAUAUCAUUCUGUAUACAUAAAUCAAAUAUGUAAAUAGCAAAAUCAAAGAACAGUAUUAAUUGAAGCAAUUCCUUUAGAUAUUAGAUAAAUAUUACUAGAAAGUGUUUUUUUUUUUUAUACACACCGAAUUGUUUAUUCAAAAUAAUAUAUAAUAUUAAUUUCGAUAAUAACUUAUACUUAGUAAAGCCUGUUACAAUGCGGAAAACAUAAUUUCAAAAAAUCUACAGUGCCACAAAUAUAAAUUAUUGACUCGUAACUGAUGGAUUACAAUUUAAAAUAUGCAUUUGAUAAAUUACAUUUAAUUCACAAUAUUUAUCUCUAAAGAAAAAUAGCCUAGACUCUAAUUUAAACUUGCUAGGUACUUACGGUAUAUAUUAUCCACGAUAACAUGGCACUCCCCAGCAAAAUCCAAAGAAUUAAUAAUAUAUGAGUAAAGAUAUUUACAAGGUUUCAACCAAGGAAUUUAAUACACUACUCCGGCAGGAUCACUACUGAAGACGUUUCUCAUAUACACUAUCAUCAUGUCUUUAUAUGGUUACACAGAAUAAAGUAAAAAAAAAAGUCGGAGAGAAGUGCCGUGUUAACGUUGACAAUCUAAUACACGGAACGUCGUAUCUGCAGCCAUUUUAAUUUACAUAAAAUUACUCUCUGUUCCUUUUUAAUUUGAAGGUAUAAUAUUUCAAUUGUUAUUUUUGUAACUACUACUAAAUGUUAUAACAAGUAAACUGAAUGAAAAAGAGAAUGUAUCUUUCCAAGCCACACGUAUGACCUUAAACGACCAGAAGUAGGGAUUUCUUCCUUCGACAAUUGUAUACACAAACUCUUACAACAUAAUUUAUUUUCUACUAUGAAUUCUUUAUUAAAAAUGUAUAUAAAAUUAGAUUAUUUUAAAAAGUGCAAUCGUACUAGUGAUUUAUGAAUAGUUAGUAGUUUUAAAAUAUUAAACGGUAAUAUAUUGUGUAUUAUUUAAUUUAGUUAUAAAUACGUUUUAUUUAUAACUUUUAUUUAUUUAUAUUUCCGUGCAUCAUUCCGUUUCAAUACAAAGUUAUUGUUUAGGCAACCAAUAAAAUAAAUUUAAUAAUCCCUUUACAUAAAUACCGUUGCCAAUUUAUAAUUCCUUGAAAUGUACUACGUUUCCAAUCAACUACACAUUCACAAUUCAUAUUUUAAAUGUCAUUUUGAAUUUUAUGACGAAUUUGUAUACAAUUUUAUAUAACAAAAGAAUUAAUUCGGCAUUUUAAAAACAUACUUGCGUAAAUAAAAUAUUCUCAAGCUAAAAUUAUAACUAUUUUUAUAAAUUCAAAUUUAUCGCCGUCGUAUUUCAACGCGUCAAUAAAUGGCACUAGUGAGACGAUUCCUUUCUUAAUUUCGUAAACAAAAUAAAAAAGCAUUUUUUAUUACCAAUACAAAAAUAAAAAUUAUAAUUCAAUUAUUGUUUUGAUAAAUCUAUAUAAUAUAUAAUCUAUAUGUUACGUACAAUUUAAGGUUUUGUUCAAUAAUAUUACAUAGAUUAUUUGAAUUACAGAUAAAAAAAAUAAUGUUAUUCCUUCUUAUAAAUAAGUUUGAAAAAUACGACCAAGUUCCUAUUUAAAAUUCGAAUAUUCGAAUAUCAUUUACAACUUCACGUUAAUUUUUUUAUUGUUUGUAACUUUUUGGGUUCCUAGUCAUUAUUAACCCAGUUUUUAUCGAUCCACUGUGGACUAUUUUCAUUUACACAGAAUUAAAACUAUAUAUAGUACAAACUAUUAUGGGAAACACUGACAGUCAAAUUGCUCAUAUUUCUUUGAGCAAGAACAAUAACUAUUAUACAUUAGACUUCUUUAUCUUUUACCGAAGCACGACACGUUAACAUUUUAUCGUUACGAUGUAAAAGAACAAAAUAUACACAUAAUAGUAAAGCAUAAAGCAUACUACAGGCGUCACAGUGUAUUCUGUGACUAAUUUUAUGCGACAGUCUAACAGGUGAGCCAUUGACUCGUUUAUAUUAGGAGAAGUUGAGACAAUUUUAAAUUUCCAUGCAUAUCUACAAUAUCGUCGCGAAAAAUUUAAUGUAUUUCCAUACAAUUGCAUACAUUUUACUCUGUCUACUAUUAUUUUGUACCGUUACAGUAAUAUUUCAUGAUACGGUGCCAUAAGUUAAAAAAAAAUAUCAUUGUAUUUUAUUAAUUAAAUGAGGAAAAAAUAAAGCAAUCGUCUCACUGGAGAUGUUACCAAUUGCAAAUUAAAUACAUUUAGUUUUUGAUUUAAAACGAAAAUAUGCUAUGUCUACUAGUAGAAAUCUAGAAUAAUUUAAUGAAAUAAGUUUUACCUACAGUUACCUACAUAUUGUGAUUUUUUAGCCACAAAAAUAAAAGUCAAUAGAAUUAAUAAUUGUUUACUCAACUACUAAUUUAAUAAUUUAUUUACAGUGUUUUGUUUUGUUUGGUUUCUAUUUUUUAAUUUAAUGCAUGUGUCAAUAUAAUGAAAUCAUUUAGUCGUAGAAUACCAUUGUAUAGAUGUUAUUGUAUUUGGAAAUGAAUAAAACAUAUGAAAUGUC